GUCGACUGUUAUUAAAUACAUAAUAUACAACCGGUUUAAGACUAGUGCACAAUUGCUUUAGAUUAAUGAUGCGUUGGUAUACAAAAUGGAGUGUAACAUGUUUAGUUCUGUUUAACCUUUUGCCUUUUUAAGAGUAGUAACUGUACUGUGGAGUUAAAUAAGCAAAGCAUUUCCGGUGUAAUGUUAGAAAGUGGUACAUCGUCACAAUGUGGUAUGUACCCGCACCAAAGCUGGGCCAGUAUUAGGAAGUGGUACUCUGUGAGAUUUUGGUACAGGUGCAGUCAAUUGCGACGUGAUGAUACUGUUUUCCUAUUGUCAAAUAGAGAUGCAGCUGAUCCAGCACUCUGAAGAGACACUGCGGGCUGCCCUGGUCUCCAAGAGACAGGACCUGGUGGAGAGCUACCAGAAAUACAGCCCCGGGGAGCGGCGACUGCUGGAGGAAGGGUUCCACCCUGACAGCGUGCUCUUCGGUCCCAUCACACUGCACUCGGAGUCGGACUGGAUUCACUCACACCCGGAGCCCAGGCAGGACUUUGCAGAUUUCUACAGAAACCCAUACCGGUGCACCCCCGUCAAAGGCAGGAACACUAUCUACAUACAGUCUAUUGGCUCGUUCGGGGAUUCGGAGGAGAGCACGCAGCUAUACGUGGCGUGGCUGCAGGAAUACUGCAAGGCGUUUUACUAUGGCCUGGCGGUGAGGCUGCUAGAGCCAGUCCCAGUGUCCGACACAUCCUGUGCCUUCCGGGUCAACACCAACUCCCACAACCUGCAGAUACACGCAGGCGAUCUCCUUCGUUACCUGAAGAAGAGAAAGCCCAGAGAUGCCUUCUGCAUUGUUGGGAUCACCAUGACUGACCUGUACCCCAAAGACUCCUGGAACUUUAUCUUUGGACAAGCCUCUCUAACUGAAGGGAUGGGAAUAUUCAGUUUUGCCAGAUAUGACGACAAUUUUUACAGCAGUAACUACAAAGGCAGGCUGCAAAAGACCAAGAAGCUGACUCCUGGGGACUACUCUGUGUUCAGUGACUGCUACACCCCGCCCAUAACCAGCAUACUGCUGUAUCGCUCCUGCAGGACGUUGACUCAUGAGAUUGGUCACAUUUUCGGGCUCAAGCACUGUCAGUGGCUGCGGUGCGUGAUGCAGGGGUCCAACCACCUCGAGGAAUCGGACCGCAGGCCCCUCGACCUCUGCCCUAUUUGUGUGCGCAAGCUGCAGUCUGCCAUCGGCUUCAGAAUUGAAGAGAGAUACCAGGCCAUACUUCAGUGGAUAGAAAGUGGUUUGUCUUCUGUCACCAGCAAAGACACGGGAGAAACUGAGACAAAACCCCACAAGCCCACCAAAGCAUUUGAAGAAUCCAGGGAGUGGCUUCUGAAAUGCUUAAGUGUGCUUGAAGAUGAUCUGAUUUAGACAUGUGUUGGUUGUUGUAAUGUGUGCAAUUUUUUUGUGUUGCACAAUGUAGUAUGAGCUAAAUACAUUUUUUGUCUAAUACAUGGCUUUUCAAUUCUCCAGAGAAAACAAUUCUCCUGACUGUAGCACAACCUAUUUUCUUUCUCCUGAGUUAUGCAGUAAUAGCCACACAGGUUUAAUUGAAUGAACUGACUUUAAUUGUGCACAGUAUAUACAUGUUUAUACUGCAAGAAAUGUAAAUACUUUACUCUGCCUUUGUGGAAAGGGCUGUGAUAUCACAUUUGGAUGUUAACCAACAUUUAUGGAAAUGGUCAGAAAUAUGUAGAAAUUACCACAUUUGAAGAAGAUACAUAUACAGUAUUUUCAUACAUGCAAGUGUUUUUUUUUUUGUUUU